UGUCGCGUCUAGAGUCGCGACCAACCGUGGUUACUGAACGCAUCGAGCGUGAACAUCAUUUGGCGGGAAAUUACGCGCGCAUUGACAAAAUGAUUUUUUUAAUUUUCGAAUUUUAUGAAUGAAUCGUGGCUGUGGUCUUAUUUUUUUCUUUUUGUUACAACAAAAGUCAUUGCCUUGUCAAUUAAAAAAAAAAAUGAUUGGAACGUUUUUGAAAUACUUAAUUUGAAAUAUUUUUUUUAUGUUCAAUUUACAGCGAGGAUAAUUAUUGAAUUUUUUAGAUAGAAAAUAAUAAAAUAUCAGACUAUCAUGGUGGAAAAGACUAUUUAUAAACGGCUGCCCUUUUCAUAGUGACAUUUAAAAUGAAGUUUUUGUUGUUUUUAAUUUUGGCGCGCUACGCUGUGCGAUGUGACGAUGAAAGCAAUUAUUACGUCAUCGAGAUGCCAGAGGACGUCCCGCGAGACAAAAAGCCCUUCCGAGUCUACUGGAACGUGCCGACAAUGCAGUGCAAAUCCAAGAAAAUACCAUUCGACAAUCUACAUGACAAAUACGGAAUAAUUCAAAAUAAAGAUGACAGUUUUCUAGGCGAAAAGAUCGCCAUCUUGUACGAUCCGGGGCUCUUUCCCGCGCUUUUUAAGAAUGAAAGCAGCGGGAAAUUUAAGUUUAGAAAUGGCGGCGUGCCGCAAGAGGGAGCCCUCGAACUUCAUUUGGAUGCGUUCAAGAAUGCUGUGUCGCAGAGUAUACCUGACCCAGAUUUUAACGGAGUAGCAAUAAUAGACUUCGAGUCAUGGCGGCCGGUGUUCCGACAAAACUUCGGAGUCCUUGUUCCGUAUAAAGAUGUAUCUUAUGAAAUCGAGAAAAAAGUGCAUUGGUGGUGGCCGAAAUCUUGGAUUACUGCUGAGGCAAAACAGCGUUUCGAAGAAGCAGGCCGUCGUUUCAUGCAGAAUACUAUUUCUACCGCCAAACAACUGAGACCCAAAGCGAUUUGGGGCUACUACGGGUUUCCAUAUUGUUUUAACAAAGCCAGCACUGGGAUAGACAGCUGCCCUACUCAAGUGGUCAAUGAAAAUGAUGAGACCUACUGGCUCUGGGCGGAAAGCACAGCUCUAUACCCGUCGGUAUACAGCUCACAGGACCUCUCAUCAUCAGAGCUGGCUGCCCUCAUCCAGGGUCGGAUGAAGGAAGCCUCUCGUCUGAAGAGACGAGGGACUCCAAUUUUACCAUAUUUCUGGUAUAGGUACCAGGAUGGAGGGUUUUUGAGGGAGGUGGAUCUAUCAAUAGCUCUCCAAUCUCUAUACAAAUCAAACGCAUCAGGCGUAAUAAUAUGGGGUAGUUCCCACGACGUCAACACUAUUGAAAAGUGUAACAAACUAAAACGUUACGUAGAAACCACACUCGGUCCACACAUAGCCAAAUACACCAAAGACACACACAAAAUAAAAGACGAAUACAUACCAGAACCUACAGACAUUUGGGACUUAAAACCUAAUAUAGAUAAAACUAAAAACACAACACAAACACAAACAGAUCCAGAAUAUAAUUGGAUUCCACCAGAAAAUUAUACUCAUGAAAUAAUAAAGAAUGUAGAACAAGAAUUAAUGAAAAAAGGCUACGAAGAACUUAAUAAAACAAAAGUCAAUGAAAGUCUUAUUUUUGAUAUGCUUUCAAAUAUACGAACGACUGAUGAAAUUGAGAAAGAAAUAGCUAAAAAUGAUAAGAACAAUAUCAAAAUGGAAGUCAUAAGUCAAGUUGUUGAUACAACAACUGAAUUAGUUAGUACUUUAGAUAAUUAUACAACAUCAACAACACAGCAAACAACAGAAUCUGUAAAGACAACACAACAAACAACAGAGUCUAUAGAAACAACACAAUAUACAACAGAACCUAUAAAAUCGACAACAAAUUAUUCACAAGUACAGUUUAGUACAACAGAAACACUUCAAAUUGAUUCUACAACGAGUCAAGAAUUUAAUAACUAUGAACAAUUUGAGAAUGACAAAAUUGAUGAUGAAAUAUUUGAAAAUCACAAAACUAAUGAUGAACAAUUUGAGAAUCACAGAAUAAUUAACAAAGAACAAUUUGAUAGUGAUAAAAAAGAUGCUGAGCAAUCUGAGAUUGACAAAACAGAAAAUAAACGAUUUGACGAUCACAAAAUAAAUGAUGAACAAUUUGAAAGUCAGAUAGCAAAUGAUGAACUGUUUGAGAAUCACAAACUAAAUGAUGAACAAAUUUAUAAUCACAAAAUAAAUGAUGAACAAUUUGAAAAUGACAAAAUAAAUGAUGAAUUUUUCGUUCUAUCUACAAAUAUAUCACAAAUAGAUAUCACAACUGAAGACAGUAUUAGCAGUAAAAAGCCUAGAAGUGUUAAUUUAGAAAUUAAAACAGAAACUACGACUGAAUAUUUUGAAGAAUUUGUAGAUAAUUCAACAUUUCAUCUCCUAACUCCAGAUGCGUCAGAUGAGGACGGUGACUUCUCAAAAGCGGCGAUUUCUUCAAACAACUUCGUUUAUACAUUUACUAUCUGUGUUAUAUCUAUGUAUGUUUAACAGUUGAUACAAAACAACUGAAUCAUAAAGUAUGCAGUUUUGUGUGUUGUGUAGAAAGAGCUGUUAAUGUAGAGAUAAAGUAAUAAAAUAUUUUUCGAUGUUUUAUAAAUAUGUAUACUUAAAAAAUACAUUUAGAAGUUUCACUUCUGACACGUGUGCUACACACGCUCUUUUUUAUCCUAUACUUAUUAUACCUUUAUAAAACUGUGACUAACAACUUGACUGUAUGUUUUCAUGUUUACAUAAGUUAAUAAUUUUAAGUUUUAUUUUAAGCAAUUCACUAAGUUUAUAAUGUUUAACUUAUCUGUGAUAUUUAAUUAAUUAUUGUAAAUAUUAACACAAUAAUAAGUACAAUUUGUGAAAUAAACGAUAUUUGAAA